GCCUUGUACCAUGUGACCUCAGUGAUCAUUCACAGAUUUCACAAGUAGUAAGCAAUGAUAUCAGAAGUGACAUCUUGCUUACUACUCUGCAUGUGAUCACUGAUUGGCCAAUCAGUGAUCACAUGAUCGGGACCUCGCACAGAGGUCCCGUCCAAUGAUCGGUGUUCCACUGUGUCCGGAGGACACAGCGGGCACCGAAUCGCGGGAGGCCUUUAUAAACAGCCACCCGACCCUGCACUGCCACCGUUCCUGCCGUUUAUAUACAUGGGGCCGGACGUGAAGUGGUUAAAGGAAAAAC